CUUUUCUAAACGUCAGAAAUCGGACUAAGCACAUAAUGGCAAAGCAGAAGGGUGAGAAAAAGGGCAAAUCCGCCAUCAACGAAGUUGUUACCAGAGAAUACACAGUGAACCUUCAUAAAAGGUUACACGGUAUUAGCUUCAAAAAGCGUGCCCCCCGUGCUAUCAAAGCUAUCCGUCAAUUCGCCGAGAAACAAAUGGGCACUCCAGAUGUUAGAAUCGACACUAGACUUAACAAGCAGCUCUGGUCGAAAGGAAUUAGGAACGUUCCUUUUAGAGUACGCGUACGUUUGUCUAGAAGAAGGAAUGACGACGAAGAUUCCGUAAAUAAACUGUACACCCUCGUGACAUACGUUCCUGUAGUCACUUUCAAGGGUAUGCAAACAGAAAAUGUUGACGCCAGUCAGGAAUAAGUUAAUAAAAUAGUUAUUUUUAAAAUAUA